GCAGCAGCUCGGCUCAGGCAGCAGACGGCGGCCCGCGCCUCCGGUCCCAUCUACCGUUUUCCUCCGUUCGUUUCCAUUCCCCCUAUUUUUUUUGCUCACUCCUUUCUUUUCCUGUUGACGGCUUGGAGAAAUGUCGGCCAGACCUGGAUUCUACCGACAGGAGCUGAACAAGACUGUGUGGGAGGUUCCGGAGCGGUACCAGAACCUGACGCCGGUGGGCUCCGGAGCCUACGGCUCGGUGUGUUCAGCAUACGAUGUUGUCUUGCGCCAGAAGGUUGCAGUGAAGAAGCUGUCCAGGCCUUUUCAGUCUCUGAUCCACAGCCGGCGCUCAUACCGAGAACUCAGACUGCUCAAGCACAUGAAACAUGAGAACGUAAUAGGGCUUCUGGACGUCUUCACACCUGCAGCAACUCUAGAAGACUUCAAUGAACUCUACCUGGUGACUAACCUGAUGGGUGCAGACCUCAAUAACAUCGUCAAAUUUCAGAGGUUGUCAGACGAGCACGUGCAGUUCUUAAUUUACCAGCUUCUCCGUGGCCUCAAGUACAUCCAUUCAGCAGGAUUGAUCCACAGAGACCUCAAACCAAGUAAUGUGGCAGUGAAUGAGGACUGCGAGCUUAGGAUCCUUGACUUUGGAUUGGCCAGGCAAACAGACGAUGAGAUGACAGGGUACGUGGCAACUCGCUGGUAUCGAGCGCCUGAGAUCAUGCUGAACUGGAUGCACUACAAUCAGAAUGUUGAUAUUUGGUCAGUGGGAUGCAUUAUGGGGGAGCUGCUCAAGGGAAAAGUCCUUUUUCCUGGCACUGACUAUAUUGACCAGCUGAAGAGAAUCAUGGAGAUGGUUGGGACUCCGACGCCCGAGCUCUUAAAGAAGAUCUGCUCUGAACAUGCGCAGAAGUACAUCCAGUCUCUGCCUUUCAUGCCCCAGCAGGACCUGGAAAAGAUCUUUAGAGGGGCAAAUCCACUAGCUGUUGACCUGUUGAAGCGUAUGCUGGUUCUGGACUGUGAUGGGAGGAUCUCUGCCAGUGAGGCUUUGUCCCAUCCCUACUUCUCACAGUACCAUGAUCCAGACGAUGAGCCAGAGGCCCCGCCUUACGAUCAAACACUGGAGAGUAAAGAUCGAACUCUAGAAGAAUGGAAAGAGCUGGUAUUCGAGGAGGCGAACAGCUUCAAAGCACCCGUCAGCAAGACUGAUAGCCUUCAGGUGGAGCAGUAAGCAUCUUUCUGCUCUGCCUCAACCUUUACCUGGAGGAGGACCACAUACUCAAUGAGUGAGGUUGAAGGACUGUGGCAGGCUGAAUGAAGAUAACUGAUUCCCCUGGGCAUGGCACCUCUCCCCUCUGCUCAGUGUGACUGUGUUUGAUUGCCUGUCAUGAGUUUAUUUGAAUAGCAGGGCAGGAAUGGUCUCCACGGGAUCAGAUGCACACAUUACAAUUACAGGGAGCAUUUUAGAAUCAGAAAGAAGGAUGUCCUCAGUCCGGAAAGUUGCUUCCUCUUAUGUUUCCGUUCAGUGAGGCUAAAAUGAGGAACAAUUUGACUUGGCAAAAAAAAAGGGGUGAUUCAUACGAGGAGGCAACUUUACAGAACUGAACUGUGUUUACCGACUGGUAGAGGGCGAACAGGAGAGAGAGAGAGAGAGAGAAAGAGAAAAAAAAACGCACACUAGGAUUUCCAAAGCAACGAAAGAACACCAUCUGGUCCCUCAUUGUGACAAAUGCCAUAAGCAGUCACUGCUAAGACUUUCAUAUAUGGAAUUCAUAUUUAAAGGCUUGCAACAGUGCCCCAUCUUAUCACAGAUCAGCUUAGCUCACAUACUAUUGCAUGAUUUUUGUGUAUUUUAUUAUUACAACAUAUUACUGGUACUGUAUUAUAAUCAUUAAGACUGCUUAUUGCAUCUGCCACACACCGCUGUUAAGCCAGCCUGAGGUCCAGGGGGAGGUAUUACCAGGAAAUAUGACAGACCUUCAACCAGUUUUAUCUCUAUAAUUUCCGCACUGUAAAAAUAAAACAAAAGCAAACAAAAC